UCCUUAAAAAGCGCAGAAGUGACAUUUAUGUAGGUAAUCACAUCUUCGUAAUACAUGUGACGAAAAUGUUAUGGAAUAUAAAUUUUUGUAAAAGAUUUCGAUGCCUAUUGUAAAAAAUAAGUGUCCCUGUUCUUUAUGAGAUCUUCUCUACUUGGCUACUCCAGGCUACAAAUUAGCUAAAAUUUGGCACUUCGAUUAGAAAUAAAUAUACUGGCAAUACCGCAUAUUAGGCACAACAGCAACUUAAAAUAAAUCAGUUUGUAACCACAAAAAGACUGAUAUUACAAAAGAAUUCUUGUUAAUGCAUUCACGUAAUAAAUCUUUUUGAAAAAUUCUAACUGUAUUUAAUAAAACUAUCUAACGAAAUGUCAACGUCUUAUUCUAUGGGUUCAAAACGUGAGAAUUAUAUUGAAUGGGAUGAUUACUUUAUGGCACUAGCGCUUCUUUCAUCAAAACGCAGUAAAGAUCCGGUCACACAAGUAGGUGCUUGUAUUGUGGAUAAUGAAAAACGCAUUGUUGCUAUUGGCUAUAAUGGAUUACCACGAAAUUGCCACGAUGAUGAUUUUCCUUGGUGCAAACCUUCAGAUUUAAAUUCUGCUGACCCUCUUAAUAAUAAAAAGUUGUACGUUGUUCAUGCAGAAGCAAACGCAAUCCUUAACAGAAAUUGUGCGAGUCUUGAAGGAAUGAAGCUUUACUCAACACUUUUUCCAUGCAAUGAAUGUUCAAAAUUGAUAAUUCAAUCUGGAAUAAAAUACGUUUAUUACAUAUCUGACAAAUAUUCACAGAAAAGCAGUUAUUUAGCUGCUAAACGAAUGUUCGAUGCGGUAGGCAUUACAUACACACGAAUGAAACCUAAGCAAAAUCGAAUUGUUAUUGAUUUCGCAGAUAUUUUAGAAGAGGAUCAACAGGAAUCUAUUAAUAUAGAAUCAUUAAAGAUUUGAUUUCAAUUUAUAUAAUACAUGUUAUAUCUAUAAUUUUAAGAAUA